CGAGAAGCCUGAAACUCAGUCAGUCACUUCAGUUUGAUCCAAAACCCAGCGUGUUCACAUCAUCUCCCUCAGGAGCAAAAAAAAAAAAUUGAGAAAAAUUGAACAAAAAAAAGUGAAAAAAAUUGAAAAAAAUUGAACAACAAGGCACACGAAACGAGAAGCAGCAAGCGGAAAACCCUCAGUGCACUUUCUAUAGAACGACUAUCACCAAAAGCACGAUGUCCAGGAGGUCGAGGGAUGCAGGUCUUAGGAGGCGCAACUGUGGAGCGGGCGAUGCCGCCGUGGCCGACUUCUUGGCAGAGGUGGAAAAGUGGACGAUCGACAGGCAUUCGCGCUCUAGCUCCGCAUCGUCAGUUAGCGGAGAUUCUCCGAGGAGCCAAAGCCCGGCCUCGGCCUCCACUGAAGAGCCGCGUAUUUCCUAUCGCCGGGAUCUGCGCCGCGUAAGGCGCAUAGCGACCAAACAGCCGCCGUCCAUGGACGAGCUUUUCGGGCAGCAGAUGCGUGGGCGGACCCAGAGCACAAACGCCUGGCGCUUGAAAAUCGUGUUGCUCUAUCUGGGCCUUGUCCUGGCGCCCGUCAUCUUGGAGCUGGGUCCGCGCAUCGAGUUCCCGGACCAAUGGAACCAGGCCGGCAGUUUCAAGUUCCUCAAGGAGCGCCGUCUGGCCCUGACAUUUAGCGUCAACACUACGCGGGGGCUGAUCCGCGCCUUCCUGUCGGCCGCCGUGCCCCUGUACAGCAUGCUCUGCAUGGCGCAUCCGAAUCGGUUCCUUCUCCGUAUUCCGCAAGCCAGAGGCCCCAACAUUGAGGUGCCCGUCAACGUGAGCGUCUUCUUCGUGGGCCUCUUGCCCUAUGUGCUCCGCCUGCAUGCCGGGUUCUACGUGUUCGUCAGGGACACCUGGGCGGCCUACAACGAUCACGUGCUGAGCCUUGCCGAGACAUUCAACACCUGGCGCAUGCUUAUAUAUCUGAAUCAGGUGAUGCAACUCGUCUACUCCAUCGAGCUGGUCCUGCUCAUGGCCCAGGGCUUGAUGUCCUUUCUGCAUGCCCGUCGCAUCUACAAGCUGAUCGCCGGUACGGGCAACCAUUGCGUGGCGCAGCUGGAACAGGACAAGUCGAAGUUCUGGUACAGCCCCAGCGACAGCACCAUGCACGUUUACCGUGCCUUUCAGGAACGUGUCUGCGCCGUAGAGUAGACUCCCAAAUUCCCCACACAAUCCCCAAGCCUCCAAGCACAAGUUUCGCCAGGUGACCCAGCAUAGAUACAACAACUUUAAAAUUAAAGGAAUACAAUCAAUAGAUUCCUUGGCAUGGAAGAAAAAACCAAAAAAACAAGAAAAACAAGAAAAAUACGAAAAAACACUGACAUUUGGCCAAGGAAUCCCUGGCGGCUGGCAGAAAUGGAGUAUUAGUUCAAGGCGAAAUGAUUUCCACAAAGUCCUGCAUGGAAAUCAUUUCGCUUGAACCCGUUAGGAAAACUUGUACACAAUCAAAUAAAUAA